AUGGCGGCGGUGUGCAUGGGGGGCGGGGUGGGCUUGUUGGGGCGUUUGCGUAGCACUUCCGCAGCCGCCCGAAGCGUCCAACUUCUGAGGAAAAUGAUGAGGGUACCCAUCCUCCCCUUACCGCAACCCGAGCCUCCAAGUAUCCAUACAUUGCGCAUCCCAAACGAUGUAGGCGUGUCAGAAACAUCUACCCUCGGAACGCACAACUCUGCCCAGCGGGAUGAUUCCGUCCUACGCUCGAGUGUGGAAUUGACCAAGGGCGUCCCACGCACGCCACGCCACUCUCUGUCGAAGACGUCUUCCACCGGUCUCAUCGAGCCCAAAGUAAAAAAUGUUCUCGUGUUCCCUAGGCGUUUCCUUGGUGGAGGUCGGGAACCGGUGCAAGUGGACCGUCCACAGACGUAUUCCCGCGUCCCAAUAUCAGACGGACGUAAUUGGCGUGAAGGUGCACCCGAGCACGGUCCUCGCAUCUUCUGUAUCAUAUUCGAUCUCGACUCUUUACUGCCUGCAACUGGCGGUCCGCUAUGGAGUGUUCCAUUUUUGCCAUACCGCCCCGACAGCGAAUGGGUGAUGGAAGAUCCAAUCCCAAGCAUCUCAUGUUUGCCAGUUAUCAUUGGGCCGCCCGACGUUCUCACACAAGGCCGUCUGAUCAGGUCGCUGCGGGGUCUCGGAUACACAAUCAGUGCCCUCGUCCGCGGCACCAACAAGGAGUUGCGGGCGCGAACGAUCCAGCUGGCUCGGCUGUUGCAAGGGCUGUUCCGUGCUCCCCUCGGCUUCGCUCUCAGCGGCGCCCCUGGGCGGGACAUCACAAACCGCAGCUUCCACAGCAGAAUCCGCAUCAAGGAUAGCACCGCGAUGAGCACCUUCGUGGUGACCUUGGGGUCUUCGCCGGACUCCAAGCCGGUCAACUCUUCUGACACCGACCAGGCGCCUACGGAGUCCCAAAACCUUUCGUAUCUCCGCUCCAAAAAUCAUUGGCACAUCCACGAAUGUUCGAUCGACAAGUGCCAUCAGCAUGUCUCGUGA